GAAGGCUUCGACAUCGUCACAAUGAAACACAAAAAUGCCUAUGUCAUUGACACUGAAAAAUGGAACCUUGGCAAUGGCACUUGCGAGUUAGUCAGUAACAGCUACAUGAAUGAAGAUCAGAAGAUCCCAGUUGCUGUGGUGGACUGGAGGAUCAUUCCCAAGUCCACCUUAGAGGUCUCUGGUACAGUCUAUGAUUCUGUUGAAACUCUUGUCAACGAUUCCACAUCAUCUGUGAGCAAUGACUGGAAAAUUGGCCUUGAAAUCACUGUAGACCCCAGUGUCACUAUUGGGGUUGGCUUUGGAGGGUCCCGCUCCGAGGAUUCUAAAUUUGCCAUGAAAAAGUCAAAACAAGACCGAUACACCUUCCUUCGCCAUUCUGUCCACUCUAUCGUCUAUAGAUACAGACUGGCAACAAAUCCUCCACUGAGCCAUGAAUUUUCUUCAGCCAUAAAAUCUCUUCCUGCCUAUUCACGUACAACUGAGACACCGUAUCGCGAUUUGAUUGACACAUAUGGUACACAUUACAUCACACAGGUAUCUCUAGGAGGGGAAAUAAAAGCAUUCACUUCUAUCAAGACCUGCGAGGCAGCCAUGAGUGGAGUGUCAGCGACAGAGGUCAAUGACUGUUUGUCAGUUGAGGCCUCUAGUAGCUUUGUAAAUACUGCCCGUAUUAAGGCCAUGACCAAACCCUGUGAGGACGCGAAAAAGAAAUUAGGCCAUGGCCAAAGUUUCAGCAGCACAUUUAGUGAGCGUAUCACAGAGGUCACUGGUGGAAAUGUUGAUGAAGCUGAUAUCUUGUUUAAAGGCCAGUCAGACCCCUCUUUCUAUAACAGCUGGAUUAACUCACUGAAAAAUAUACCUGCUGUGAUCCGAUAUAAUUUAAAACCACUGCACACCAUACUGCCUAAUGGUCAUCCAGUUAGUGCUGGACUGAAGCAAGAGGUGGAGAAGUACAUCAAGCAAAAUGCAGUGUUGAAGAAAUGUUCAGAAUCUUGUCAAGUUGGGCACAGAUCUAGUAAGAGGGAUCCUUGUGCUUGUGUUUGCAACCGUAACCAGAACAUCGACUCAAACUGCUGUCCUGCUGGGAAAGGUCUUGCUACAUUAAAGGUGUUUGGGCUUUAUGCGGAGCGUCUGUAUGGUGAUACCUUUGGCAAGACUGAUGGUUCAGUGGAGGUUACAUAUGGUGAUCAAAAUAAGCGCACUGACAUCAUAAGUAACGAUGACAAUCCUAAAUGGCCAGAGACCUUUGAUUUUGGGCCGAUCACCAUCAACAUGAGAAACAAACUUGAAUUCAGUGUUUAUGAUGAGGAUACUUGCUGGAACAGUGAUCUGCUUGGUAACUGUGCAUUUCACCUGCGUAAAGGGAACAUGACAAACAGCUGCAUGUUAAAUCAUG